AUGCAAAAACAGUUAUUAUUAACUGAUGUAAGUGAGAUGAAAAAUCGUUUCGACGAACGGCUAAAUGAAUUGUGUUCAUCAAAAGCGGAAGUAGGUCCAAGUCAACAAUGCGAGGGGGAAAUAUCUUCUCUUGAUAGUUAUGUUCAACCAUCAACUUCGUUAUCUGAACCAAGCUCUGAUUUCAGUAAUAACAAAAGAGAAAUAAAUGUCUCAGGGGCAUCUGAAAUUCAAGUUCCCGGUCAUGAAAAACGCGUGUAUGAAGGUUAUGAAGAUUUCUCAGAAGAUCCCAAUGUGAAAAAAAGAAAAGCCGACAUAUUAAAAAUUAGGGAGAUUUCAGCAAGCAAUCUAAAAAAACAAGCUGAAAAAAUGCUUCAAACCUCUAAUUCAAAAUAUCCUACCGCUAAAAAGGGUGACACAGUUAGAGUUCGAGUCCCAGAUGUCGACAGAGGUCGCACCGAUGGAAGAAAUAUUUUGGCAAUUGUCCUCGAAAUAAUAAUCUUUAUAAAUUAG